AUAAAAGUCGGUACCGGUUUGACAGCAACAGUGUGGACCUGUCUUCUUCUGUUGAGAGGGAACCCAUCAACUAAACAUCCUCUGCAAAACUUCAUUUAGGUUACUUACUAUACCGUUUUUGAAUAAACAUGGCUGCUUACAAGCUGGUGCUGAUUCGCCACGGAGAGAGCAGCUGGAACCAGGAGAAUCGGUUCUGCGGCUGGUUUGAUGCAGAUCUGAGCGAAACCGGAGUUAAAGAGGCUAAGAGAGGUGGACAAGCCCUGAAAGAUGCCGACUUUGAGUUUGAUAUAUGCUACACCUCUGUGCUGAAGCGGGCCACCAGGACACUGUGGCUGGUCCUGGACAGCAUCGACCAGAUGUGGGUGCCGGUUCAUCGGACCUGGCGUCUGAAUGAGCGCCACUACGGAGGCCUGACUGGGCUAAACAAGGCAGAGACGGCAGCCAAGCACGGAGAGGCUCAGGUGAAGAUCUGGAGGCGUUCUUUUGACAUCCCUCCUCCCCAAAUGGGCCCAGAUCAUGACUACUACACUAUCAUCAGCAAGGAUCGUCGUUACGCUGACCUGACGGAGGACCAGCUUCCUUCCUGUGAGAGCCUUAAGGACACCAUCGCAAGGGCGCUGCCCUUCUGGAACGAGGAGAUCGCCCCGCAGAUCAAAAAGGGAAAGAGGGUGCUCAUCGCCGCCCAUGGAAACAGUCUGAGGGGGAUUGUUAAGCACCUUGAGGGAAUGUCAGAUGAAGCCAUCAUGGAGUUGAACCUACCAACAGGCAUCCCCAUCCUCUACGAGCUCGACAAGAACCUGAAGCCCUUGAAGGCGAUGCAGUUCCUUGGAGAUGAGGAGACUGUACGCAAAGCCAUGGAGGCCGUGGCUGCUCAGGGAAAGGCCAAGAAGUAACGCUGUGGAAAACAUUUCUCUGUAUAAGACAGUUAAGGUUGCUCUAACAACUGUCCUCAGAUCAGUGUUUUCCACAAGACCAUAACUUAUUUGAGAUUCUUGAACUUGAUGAGUACAAUGUAGAUUGUUGUCAAUGGCAACCUAAGUCUCUUUGCAAAGUAAAGGGAUAAUAGAUUGCAAACAGUUGGAAUAUAUUAAGACCAGGUGAGCUCUCAAGAGAUUUUAAAACAACCCAUGCUGAAGAAAUGGUUGAAUAACAUUACAGCCUAAUAAUUAGAAAUGUUUUUCUUUUAUUUGUGUACUUGAAUAUCCAAGUAAUGGUUAUUUUUUAUUAAACAUACCAGUAGUUUCCAUUCAUUUUCUUUUGAAGUCAAAAGUCCUUAGCCAUGUUGUCCUUGACUGGCAUGUUGCAUGUCAUGAAAGAUGGUAAGAAAGCAAAUAACAGAGUCAGGAGUAAUACGUAUAUUGGCCGUCAGUGUUUUCACUGUCAAUUGUACAAAGGGGAAGAAAGGCUAAAGACUUGACUCAUCCAGCUGUAGCCUGUAUGACUAUACUGAUACUCAUUUAUCAAAUACACUGAAGAAGUUGUACCUAUAUUUGUUUUAUCAUACUGACUUCUGCCAGCUCAAGGUUUUAUAAGAAACGUUUUGACUUCAAGGGGACCACUGUAAAGGGUGAACAACUUGUUCCUCUUUAAGUCAAUUAUUUGAUGCAUUCCAGUAUUCAUUUUGUAAUCUCUUGAGAGCAGUACAGUAGGCUUAAAAACAGCUUGACAGUCCCUUUCUCUUACCAGUGAUGUUUGAAUGUUAUAUUGAUGUCUGUGUUGUGUUUGACGAUCUGUGUUCGUGUCUUUGUAUUUCAACUUAAGCAACACUGCCAAACAUUGCAUUAAUAUCAGUAUUGCACCGUAAAAGGGAUAAAUACAUUUGGAUUUGGAGUGUAAUCCUACAAUUUCACAAUACCACUGUGACAGAUAAUUAACAGGAGAUAUAAUGUCUGAUCAUUAUCUUUAAAAGUUAGUUUGACUUCCUGUCUUUGCCUCUUUGUGUAAUAGUAUGUAUGUGCCUUUCAGUUCAAUUCUUAACAGCUCACCUCACAUUGCAAUGAACAAGCAGUGGUGGUUUUGGAAAACAAAACUUGGUCUCUCCUCUGUGUUGGUUAAAUGUACCCUGAAAGCCCUGAUGUAAUAAAUGCACAUCUAUGUAUAAAUCAAA